UUCUUUAGCACUUCACUCCAUCCUCUUCUCUCUUUCUCUCCAGCGAUAAUACUCUGAAAUUUCUCAAAAUUUCUGAUAUAAAAUCGACAAGAAAAACACAACAAAGAAAGACUCGUCUAGUUAUGGCUCUCGAAGCGAUGAAUUCUCCGACAACUAUGUCCUCGUUCACAGUCCGAAAAGACAGGAUCGGAGCAACGGAUGAUCUGAUGAACGACGCCGUUUUCUUGGAGCCUUGGCUGAAACGCAAACGCUCCAAACGCCAGCGUUCUCCCAGCCCUUCCUCCUCGCCGCCUCGAUCUCACGCUAAAUCUCAAAGUCAGGAUCCUUCGGAGGAAGAAUAUCUCGCUCUCUGUCUCCUCAUGCUCGCUAAAGACCAGCCGCGGACGCGAUUCCAACCCUCACUGCCGCCGCCGCCUCAAGCAAGGACGAAGCUUUCGUAUAACUGUAGCGUUUGCGGAAAAGCGUUUCUUUCGUAUCAGGCUUUAGGCGGUCACAAAGCCAGCCACCGAAUCAAACCUCCAACCGCCGGUGAUUCAACAGCUCCGAGCAUCGCCGGCGAAAAGCAUCCGACUUCCACAACCAUCGCUCCUUCCGGGAAGAUCCACGAGUGUUCCAUCUGCCAUAAAGUGUUUCCGACGGGUCAAGCUCUCGGCGGCCACAAACGCUGUCACUACGAAGGGAACCUCGGCGGCGGAGGCGGCGGAAGCAAGUCGGUGAGCCACAGUGGAAGCGUGUCAAGUACGGUUUCGGAAGGACGAAGCAACCGUGUUAUUAUAGAUCUGAAUCUCCCGGCGUUACCGGAGCUCAGCCUUCAUCACGACUCAGUCGUCGACGAAGAGAUUCUAAGUCCGUUGACCGGUAAAAAACCGCUUUUGUUGACCGGUCACGACCAAGUCAUCAAGAAAGAAGAUUUAUCUCUAAGAAUCUAAUAAUUAGUUUAUUAUUAUUAUGUAAUUAGUUUCGUUUUUAUUCGUUACAAUCUUUCUUCUUAUUUCUGGGAUUGGAUAUAUACUCAUCUGUGUUUAGACGGUUAGUGAUUGAUUCAAUUUGAUUGAUGGAUUUGAUUGUCAGAAUUUCCUUUUUAAUUA